UAUGAAUCAUUUACAAGGAGCUUCUAGUACUCCAGUCCCAGCAAAUGUUGAUUCUACAUGGGUGUUGAUUACUUCAUUUAGUGCAUUAUUAACAAUUUUGGGAUUCGCCUUUAUCAGUUCAGGAGCUGUGAGAUAUAAAUCUGUGCAAUCUGCAGUUAUCACAGUCUUAUUAGGAGCAGUGAUCACAAUAGUAUUUUUCUGGCUUGUAAGAAAAUAUCAAUUUAACAAUUGAUUAGUUAGGAUAUGGAUUUGCAUUCGGAGAUGAUAAAGGAAAUAAAUUCAUUGGUUUUAGUAGAUUUGCUGGAGCUGGAUUUGGAGUUGAUUAAUCAAGAGAUGAUUAUACAAAUUUAAGUAAGCAAAUAAUAACUAAUUAUUAAUUAGUUUUCUAGAGUGUUGGAGCAAUAAUAGUGUCAUCUUUAUUUGGAUUGGGAACAUUGGAAAGAUCCAGAUUUUUCUCAGUCAGCGUUUGUCUAGCUGUUAUUUCAGGUUUCUUAUAUCCAACUGCAUUACAUUGGGUUCAACCAAAUGGUUGGUUAAAUAAAUUUGGAUUUAUUGAUUUUGCUGGAUCUAGCUAUAUCCACUUAUUUGGUGGAGUGACAGCAUUAGUUGUUUCUAUUUUCUUAAAAGAAAGAAGAGAUUAAGCAGGAAAUGUUCAUCCAGGUAUCUUUCCUCAUCAUUCCCCAAUCAAUAUUGGUUAUGGAUCAAUAAUUUUAAGUAUUGCCACACUCAUUUUUAUUAAUGGUGCAAAUUAAGAAGGAAAAACAGAUAAAUAUGAAUAAGGAUUAAUAGCAGUUAAUACAUUAGUUGCUGCAACAUUUUCAGCUUUAACAAGUUUUAUAGCUUAAUAUUUAAAAACACACAAAACUAGUUUGAUUGCUAUUGCAAGAGGAAGUGUUGCUGGAAUUGUUGCUAUUUCAGCAAUAGCUAAUGAUGUUAGAAUUUGGGAAUCAGCAUUAACUGGUAUUUUAGCUGGAUUAGUGUAUAUUGUACUUAUACUUGUCAUUAAAAGAUCUCAUGUUGAUGAUCCUGCUUAUACUUUAGCUACACAUUUAGUAAUUAAUAUAUAAUUAAUAAAUUUAGGGACCAGGAUUAUUGGGUACUCUUUUAGUUGGAGUUUUGACAAUUAGUAAUGGAUUUGUAACUGGACAUGGAUUUAAAUAAUUUGGAUUAUAACUUGUAGGUGUUUUGGCAUUGAUUGGUUGGGGAUUAUUGAUAGCUUUAUUCGUUAUUCCUUUAAAGGGAACUGGAGUUUUUAAGAUAAAUCCCUUUUAAGAAUCCUAAGGAAUAGAUACCAGUUAUGGUAAUUAUUUGUUAUAAUGAUUUUUUAGCUGAAGGAGAAGCUAUUUAAUUUAUUGAUGAAAAACCAGAACCAGCUCUUUUAAGUAGUACUCCUAAAAGAGGAAUCUUCUAAUGAUU